AUGUCCAUAUCAACAAAUUAUUCUUUAGAUUCAACAAUUUUAGGGGAAACUACUUCUAUUAAUCCUCAUGGUGUUGAUGGUGAAGUAAGAAAAUUGGAUAUAAUUGACCAAGUACUCCCAUCAGCAACAAAAAUUAGUUUGACUUGUAACUUUGGUGAUUUGCCCGCAUGGCUUCAGGAUAAUGUGGAUAUUUUAAAAGGAUAUCGAAGGCCAACAUUUUCUUAUGUCAAAUGUGCACAAUCAUUAUUUUAUAUACAUAAUGAAAGUAUUGGAACUGUAGCAUUUCUAUUCUUGGCAUUUGCAACACAUUUUUAUGUAUUUUCAAAACAUAGUACAUUGGGAUGGUUGGAUUUCAUGGUAUUUUACGUAUUUUUGCUUGGUGCAAUGAUCUGUUUAGGAUUUUCCUCUACUUUUCAUACUUUGUGUUGUCAUUCUGAAAAGAUAAGUGUUGCAGUUUCAAGUAAAUUCCGAUCACCUCGUUUAAGGUGGUUCAGAACAGGAUUAUUUUUGGCAAUGGGAUUAAGUGCAAUUGUUCCCCUAAUCCAUGCCAUUAUAAUUUAUGGGAUUCACCUUUGUAUUGAUGCUAUUUCACUUAAACAUUUAUUGUUAAUGGGAGCAAUUUAUGUUAUUGGUGCUUUAAUUUAUGGUGUAUUUGAUAUUUAUGGAUCAUCACAUCAAAUAUUUCAUUUCUUUGUGGUCACAGCAGCAUUAGUUCAUUAUUAUGGAGUUAUACAUGCUAUGGGAUAUUGGCAUUCUCAAAAUCAUGAUUGUAGUACGCCACCAAUGAAAGUUACAUUUCAAUAA